CUUAUUGCUCUGGUUAAAUAAACAAUUAAAGGGUUAUUACACUGUUAAAAAUGUUUCGCGGUGAUAAUUCACACUCGUUAAGUUAUGAGCAGCAAGCAAAGUUCAUUCAGGAUCGAAUUACAAGUGUUGAAAAGAAUUUUGGAGAGUUAUGCGUUGUAUUUGGAGAUUAUGUCCGAAAAACUGCAAGACUACGGGACAUGGGUGACGAAGUCGCCAAGACCCUGAAAGAUUAUGCUAAUAACGAAAUUGUCAAUAAAUCCCUGAGUUCUGGUCUCGAAAACUUAUCGAUUACGCUAACUGCCAUAGAAGAAUACAGAAACUGUGAAGUUCAACGUUUGGAAGCAAAGGUUAUUGGAGAGCUAUGCCAAUAUGAAACGAUAUGUAAACACGCAAGAGAAGAAUUGAAGCAUACAAUGAAUGUAAGAGAAAAGGAAAUUGCUAGGAAGAAAGUAUUGGACAAGACUAGGGAAAGACAACCUUUUAACAGGCAGCAAGUUACGUACGCCGAAACUGAGUUGCUAAAAGCGUCAGCAGAAAUGUCCCGCACGGCGAAAGGCCUCAGUGAACAGACUGAGUUCUUCGAGAGACGUAAAUUACAACAGUUGAAGACCCUACUGUCAGACUUUGUAAUGAUAGAGAUGACGUUCCAUGCUAAAGCGGUGGAACUUCUGACUGUGGCUCAUCAGCAGAUCGCUGACAUUAAUGACAGGGCUGACCUUGAUAACUUUAGACGUAAACUGCGUUCUCCUGAGAAGCAAGUGAACACCGGUAUAUCCGCCAGAUCGUCGUCACUUGCUUCGUUAAUGAAUCAACAUUCGCCAUCCAAGGAAGAGGAAGAUUCUAUGAAUCUAAAACGUCUGAGAUCUCCAGAAAAACUAAAUACUAUCGGAAGGUCCAAUUCGUUGGCAGCUCUAAUGAACCAUUCUAAAGACGAAGAAGAAUCAGAGGAGGGUUCUGAUGACUCCGAGGAAGAAGACACGUCACAAGAAAGUGAAUCGCGUUAGUUUAAGCAAUUUUUUUGUGUAGGUAAUAUUAAUACUGUGUGUUCAUUAAAACAUAUUUCUCCUUAUGGCGUGUUUUAUUGACAAUAGACACCAAGAACUGAUCGUAACAUAUGGACAAUCAUAUAUUCCUAAUUCAUCUGUAACAACAACGCAAUUAAUUGAAAACUAUUUUCACAGUACUACACUGCUCUUAGGUACGUAAAUAUAAUUUUCACCUUACUGGCUCGGAAAGGCUUGCUUUCUCAUUAGAAAUCUGCGCGCAAAAGUGUUUUUUAAGGUUUUUGCAGUUCGAACAUAACGAUGGAAUGUGGUGCACUCAACUUUUUCUUUCAAUGAAAAAAAAUAUAGACACGUUCAACUAUGCGAUUUGUCAUGGAUUUGUCGUACAUUAUUUAUGUAGGUAAUAUAAAUAUGUAUAAAUCCGUUAGUAUAGUAAUCUUAUUAUUG